GGAAGAAUUUGGCUGACAGCACGUUCAGCUCGUGAGACAAUGCUUUUGGCCAAUACUCUUGCGCUGGCCGACUAUGUCGCCCCGGAGGGCGAUUCCAACGUCUUCAGAUCCUCCAGUGGAAUGCUGAAGGAAUGUCAUCUAGAUCCUCCAGUGGAAUGCUGGAGGGAUGUCACAGGACAAAAAGGUCCAAGUACAGCAGUGUCAGUGGACACAGGACAAAAAGAUCCAAGUCCCGAAAAUCCUACAAACCAAUGA